UUAUUUUACUUUUUUUUGUCAUGAGCAGUUCGUCUGCAGCUCGCAGCUUCGGUUCAGUCUGCAGCCCGCAGCUCACUUGUUCUUUAACACAGAUGUCCAGCAUGUUGGACACCGCUGCAGAGCAAAUGAUGGUCGAACAAGAUUUCCAGGAAGCCUUUGACACAUGCGACAGAGGCCUGGAGAGCCUCGCCAACAUGGACCAAGAGGACAGCAGGUGUGGAGAGCUUAAAGCUGGCUUCUGCAUGUUAGGGAUGCAGGCACUGGCUGAGCUGAAUCAGUGGCAUGGAGUCCUCUCAUGGAUCCUCCAGCAGUACGAGCACCAGGAGAAAAUACCAGCCAAAAUAAUGCAGAUGUGCAUACUUCUUUACUCCAAGGUGGGGGAGCCAGCCGUGAUGCAGGACGCAGCCAGAGUUUGGUUACACUGCCUGCCCAACAGCACAGUGACAGGCUUUGGCACGGUGGCGGAGCUGUACCUGCUGCAUGUCCUCGUGCCUCUGGGAGACAGAGACGAGGCUCUGCAGCUGAUCCAGGGCCAGGUUGGAAGCAGUGCGUUCUCAGAAGAGCAGAGGCAGACGGCGCUGGAUGUUGUAGAAGAAAAAGAGCGACAGAAUGAAGAACCGCCUCCAGAUCCUGGGAUCAGACCAGACUCUGAGAUUGCCACUCACUCAACCCAAGGAUCUGUAAUCCGUAAACUUCAAGCCAUGCUCAGGUUUUUGUACCGAAAAGCGUUGUUGGCCGGCUCUGGUUCAUUCUCUUUCCGGAAAUUAUUUAUUGCUGCUGUUCUGCUCUACAUGCUUCUCCUCCGAAUGGAUCCAGCUCUUCCAUCUUCAUUCAUGUGGAUUUCCAAACUGCUCCAGCUGCUCAGACAGAUGUGGACUGCCAUGUUUGCACCGUACCAUCAGGCUCUUACAAAGAGACUGUAAAAGACUGUGAAAAUCACAAUGUGUUUGACUAAAGUAUAUGUGUAUACCAUCAGUUUGUGAGUGUGUAUGCAGGAGCAGACCUAGGGAAAUGUUCAUGGGGCGGCAAAAGAGUGUCAUAAAGGGCAUAACAUAUGAACAUUAGCACAAAAUGUGAUCAAUAGAUUAUUAAUAGAGACAGGGUUGGUAAUGUGGCAGAAGAUAAGUACUACAUGUUGAUUGUAUUGCAAACAGUCCCAUUUAUCAAUAUUUGCUUGGAAAAUAAUAUCUUUAAUAAUAUUAAAAUAAUGUUGCAAAGCGCUACAAAGAAAUACCAAAGGGUGACAUUAGAAAUCCAUGAACCUUUAAUGUCAAAUCUUCCGCUGUCCUUUUUUUCUUUAACUAUCUCUUAGCAUAAAAAAGUGCAAUUACAUAUUAUUCAACCUUAUGUUUAUUUUUAGAAAGUUAUUUUUUUUAUUAAUCUUGAUAAUUAUGCAAUUAUAUUGAUUACAUUGCGGUUUAUAAUACGUACAAUUCUGGUGAUUUUAUAUUAACUGUGUUUUUACAGUUAGGAUGUCAAACUUUUAAAAAUAAAAACAAACAAAUCAAACAAGAAAUACUGGCAACGGAAUGUUAGAUAAAGGAAAUCUAAUAAAACGAUAAUAAAUAUGAAUGAAAUUA